CUGGUGCGCACAUUGGGUGGCAGUUGUUGGCGUUGGGUAGUUGGAUUGUCAUUUCUGAAGUAAUUAAAGAUGGCUCCUGCUAAAGCUGCUGCCAAGUCCGCCAAGCCUGCCAAGAAGGUCGCCCGCCGCCAAAACGUCGUGUUGGCCCGUGGCAUCAACGCCAUCUCGGCCAACUCGUUGUCCAAGUCCAACGGCCGCUUCAACGCCGCCGCCAAGGCCAAGGCUGUCGUGAAGAAGGUCUCCACCAAGACUCUCCAAAACAAGAAGUGGUACCCCACGGACUACAUCCCGAAGCCGUUGCCUUCGGCCAAGACUGCCCGUAACUCGGUGAAGACCGCCAAGCUCCGUGCGUCCAUCACCCCCGGCACCGUGCUCAUCUUGUUGUCUGGCCGCUUCCGCGGCAAGCGCGUCGUGUUCUUGAAGCAAUUGGCUUCCGGCACGUUGCUCGUCACCGGUCCUUACAAGAUCAACGGUGUGCCCCUUCGCCGCGUGAACCAAGCGUUUGUCAUCGCCACGUCGACCAAGAUCGACAUCUCGGACGUGACGCUCCCUGAAUUGAACGACGCUUCGUUCGCCAAGGAGAAGAAGACCCACGCCAAGAAGUCUGAAGACGAAUUCUUUGCCCAAUCCAGCACCGUACGUGUUGCAUGCUAACACCCUUUAUAUCUACCCCCGUCCCUCGGAUUCACUCGGGGAUAUAUCUACGUACCUACCUGUGCCGACAAACCACUGGCACCCUACACUACACUUACCCUUCGUCGGUUCCAUCGACGUGAUGGAAACGAUGAUGGAAGCUGUGUAGUGGUUGGUGUAGUGCCGGCACGGUAGGAGUAGUGAUGACCCAACGGCGCUUGGAAUCGCCUACCAAAGAUCCCAUCUAACACUUGCUAAUCCGUCGUGAUGAUUAGACUGCGAUUGUGUCGGAACAGCGCAAGAAGGACCAAAAGGCCGUCGACGCUGCCCUUCUCAAGAAGAUCAACGCCACUGCCCACUUGAAGCACUACUUGAACGCCAAGUUCAGCUUGACCAAGAACGACCGCGUCCACGAAUUGAAGUUUUAAGUCCCUCGGGAUCAAAACAACAUCACUAGUGAUAGCAGAAAGUGACACCACAAUACAGGGCAUCUUUACUUCA